CAGGCCUCCGGGCUCGGCUUUCCGGUCGCUGGGUGGGAGCCGAGCCGGAGCCGGGGGCUGCGCUGGGGACCCGGCGGGAGGGCCACCCUGCGGGCCUCGCCAUGGCUGCGCCGUCGCGGCUUCUGAUCCGCGGGGGCUGCGUGGUCAACGACGACUUCUCGCAGGUGGCCGACGUGCUGGUGCAGGACGGCGUGGUGCGGGCGCUGGGGCGCGACCUGCUGCCGCCCGGGGACGCGCCCGCCGGGCUGCGGGUCCUGGACGCCGCCGGCAAGCUGGUCCUGCCCGGCGGCAUCGACACGCACACGCACAUGCAGUUCCCCUUCAUGGGCGCGCGGGCCGUCGACGACUUCCACCAGGGCACCAAGGCUGCUCUGGCAGGAGGCACCACCAUGAUCCUUGAUUUCGCCAUUCCGCAGAAAGACCAGUCCCUCAUAGAGGCCUUUGAGACCUGGCGGGGCUGGGCAGAUCCCCAAGUCUGCUGCGACUACAGCCUUCACGUGGCAGUGACCUGGUGGAGUGACCAGGUUAAAGAAGAAAUGAAAAUCCUUGCCCAAGAUAAAGGUGUUAACUCUUUCAAGAUGUUUAUGGCCUAUAAAGACGUGUACAUGGUGAGAGACGCGGAGCUGUACGCAGCCUUCUCUCAGUGCAAGGAAAUUGGAGCAGUUGCUCAGGUCCAUGCGGAAAAUGGAGACUUAAUUGCAGAGGGAGCAAAGAAGAUGUUGGCACUGGGGAUAACAGGCCCUGAGGGCCACGAGCUGUGCCGCCCGGAAGCAGUGGAGGCAGAGGCCACGCUGAGAGCCAUCACCAUAGCCAGUGCUGCGAACUGUCCGCUCUACGUCGUGCACGUGAUGAGCAAGUCUGCAGCUAAGGUGAUAGCGGACGCGCGGAGAGACGGGAAGGUGGUCUACGGAGAACCCAUAGCGGCCGGCCUUGGCACAGAUGGCACUCACUACUGGAAUAAAGAAUGGCACCAUGCAGCCCACUACGUCAUGGGCCCACCCCUGCGACCGGACCCUUCAACACCUGACUUCCUCAUGAAUCUAUUGGCUAAUGAUGAUCUAACCGCAACAGGGACUGACCACUGCACUUUCAACACCUGCCAGAAAGCUCUUGGGAAGGAUGAUUUUACCAAGAUUCCCAAUGGGGUGAAUGGUGUUGAAGACCGGAUGUCAGUAAUCUGGGAGAAAGGCGUGCAUUGUGGUAAAAUGGAUGAAAACCGAUUUGUGGCAGUUACCAGCACAAAUGCAGCCAAAAUCUUUAAUCUCUAUCCAAGAAAAGGAAGAAUAGCUGUAGGAUCAGAUGCUGACAUUGUUAUUUGGGACCCAAAAGCCACAAGGACUAUCUCGGCAAAAACCCAUCAUCAGGCUGUUAACUUCAACAUCUUCGAGGGCAUGGUUUGCCAUGGGGUGCCCCUUGUGACUAUUUCAAGAGGCAAAGUGGUGUAUGAAGCUGGAGUUUUCAGUGUCGCGGCAGGAGAUGGGAGGUUUAUUCCUCGAAAACCAUUUGCUGAAUAUGUUUACAAACGAAUCAAGCAGCGAGAUGAGACCUGUACACCCUCCCCGGUGGAGCGCGCACCCUACAAGGGAGAAGUCUUCACAGUGAUGGGACAAGACUGCACAGCUGGGACUCCGAAGCAGGCCCACCCCUGAGCUGGGUGACAUCGAUCCCUCAGGUGCCUCAGGAAUUGCCAAGGUCGGGGAAGAGAAGGAUGGUUUUAGGCCGCUCACCUCCAUUUCAAGCAAGGGCGACUCUGUCUUUGCUUGGCUGGGAAUUGAUAUUCCGAAGAGUUAAUUAGAGAAACGGAUCUACUGCUUAAAGGAAUAAUAGUUAACAAUUGAGUCUAACAUCCCUGAUUUUCAGAUCAAACAACUGAGGCCCAAGAGGUUAAAUGACAUUUCCCAGUUCCCAUGCAGAGUUUGUGACAGAGCCAGAGGAAGACCCCACUGGCAAGCCCUGUGCUCUUCCCACUGCUCCUGUGUCCUGAGGAGGCAGGACUUGAGUAGCGCCUUGAAGGACAGAGGAAAUGAAUGGGGAGAGAUCAGGGAGUGUUUUGCAAAUGAGGAAAUCUGGGGCAAAGGUGUGAAGGGGAAUGCUGGUGACUCUUGGGGGCCUGCUGGGAAGAGGUCUUUGACUACUGCAAGGGUUCAGGCACUGGGAGUGUGACGAAUGAUGCAGAGAAAUAGGCUAGGAUCAGACUGGAGGGGAAUUGAAUGCCUGGCAGGGAAAAUGUCAGCUCACUUUGGUCCAGAUCUCAGAGCUGGGAAAGGACACAUGAAAGCCAUGCUUUGGGGGCAGCAAUGUAGAGAGUAACUGUGCUCAAAUUCUGCUCCCAGAACCCACUGUGGACAAGUUACUCAGCAUCUCUGUGCCUCAGUUUGCUCAUCUAUAAGUCACAAGAGCACCAGAUCCUCUCUCACUGGGUUUCGGUGAGGAUUAAAUGAAAUAAUUCACUAAAAACAGUGUCUGGUACCUAGUACGGGCUUACUAAAUGACAGCUAUUGUGAUGUUUUCUGUGAAGAACUGAAUUGAGUCAAGAGGGAGAAGUGCCUUGGCGAAGCUACUUGCUAGCAGCAGUGCCAGAUCUUCCAGUUUUCAAUUCAGCACCCUUUGGUUCAUCAUAUCCAGUGUUAUAAAAACAAUGUACUGUUUAUUUUCUACUAUGUGUUAGCAUUUCCUCUUGCAAGACACAGCACUCUUACUGUUUUAGUACAAACAUACUUCCACAAUUGUUUCCUUUUGAAAAACAAUUUUGAUUGAUUUCUUUCAUUCCCUAAUUAAUAUAUCACAUUUAGAGUGAGAGCACUGCUUGCUUUGAUAAAGCGAGACUUUCAAUUUUCAGGUCUUCAGGCACUGACAUCGCAAUCUGACUUUAAAACCACAUGAAAUUACAUAUGACAUUUAGAAUUGAAUAACUAUUCUGAUUGCUUCUUUGUGUCUAUGGAGAAAAUAACAUUUAUUUUGACUAAAUGUUAUCUUUUCCCUUUUCAUCAAAUGAAUCAUACAUAUGACCCAAGAGCUUCUGUUGUUCUUUAUGAUUCAUUGAUCAACCGUGAAAGAACAAACAAACCAACUGCUGAAACUUGGGUUCCAGUCCAUUGGUAAUUCUCUCCGGGAAACUGCUGUCUCUCAAAGAAUCAUAGACUUUAAGAGAUAGCAGUUUUUUCAGAGACUCUUUAGCUAAACUUCUUCAUCUUUAUAGAUGAGAAAAUUGAGCUCAGAGAGGUGAAAUGACUUGCAAAGUCAUCCAGCUAAUUAGUGGUAAAGAGGGAUUUUGAACCUAUUUCUUUUUCUGACUUUAAGAGUACCCAUUGCAUUACGUCCUACAUCAAGUCAUAUACUACUAGAAAGUCUUUCUGUAUUACCAGGUGUUGGCAAACUAUGGCCUGUGGACCAAGUCUGGCUUGCAGCUUGUUUUUGCAAAUAAAGUUUUAUUGGAACACA